UCAACACCACGAAGGAUCUGAUAAAUGCGACGAAUUUGAACGGUUCAAUAUCAUCUGUUCUUGGUUUCUUCUGGUUAUUUUUGGUUCGAUAAAAUGUGGUUGGUUUCGUUUGGUUUAAGAUCAAUUGGGUCAAUUAAACCAGGAUAUGAGUUUUAUUUAUUGAUCCAUCAUCAUCGGAGUAACACCAGUCAACUCAAUUCAAAAAGUUCAUAACUCUCUACAAGAGAUAGAGAGAGAGAGAGAGGUGUCACAGACUUACAGUAAUCCAUGGCAACUUGUGAAGUGAAGAGGAUUAAGCUGGGAAGCCAAGGCUUUGAGGUAUCGGUGCAAGGCCUUGGUUGCAUGGGCCUCACAGGUCAUUACGGUGCUUCAAAGCCGGAAACUGACGCCAUCACUCUCCUCCAUCACGCUAUUCACUCCGGCGUUACCUUCUUUGACACCUCCGAUAUGUAUGGCCCUGAGACCAACGAAAUUCUCCUCGGAAAGGCUCUCAAGGAUGGGGUGAGGGAGAAGAUGGAGCUUGCGACCAAAUUUGGAAUUAGUUAUGUAGAGGGGAAGAGAGAGAUAAAAGGAGAUCCUGCUUAUGUGAGGGCUGCUUGUGAGGCUAGUUUGAAGCGGCUUGAUGUUGCCUGCAUUGAUCUUUAUUAUCAGCAUCGUGUAGAUACUCGUGUCCCUAUCGAAAUCACGAUGGGAGAACUGAAGAAGCUGGUUGAAGAGGGUAAAAUAAAGUACAUUGGUUUGUCUGAAGCUUGUGCCUCAACUAUCAGAAGAGCACAUGCUGUUCACCCAAUAACUGCGGUGCAGUUAGAAUGGUCCUUGUGGACCAGAGACGUGGAAGAAGAAAUAGUCCCGACCUGCAGGGAACUUGGGAUUGGGAUUGUUGCUUACUGUCCUCUAGGACGAGGUUUCUUUGCAUCUGGACCCAAGCUUGUUGAGAACCUAGACAAGGAUGACUUCAGAAAGGCUCUACCAAGAUUCCAACAGGAAAACUUAGACCACAACAAGAUUCUCUUCGAGAAAGUUUUUGCCAUGUCUGAGAAGAAAGGGUGCACUCCUGGACAACUAGCCCUCGCAUGGGUUCACCACCAGGGAGAUGAUGUUUGCCCCAUUCCAGGAACCACUAAGAUCGAAAACCUCAACCAGAACAUUGGAGCUUUAUCAGUAAAACUCACUCCCGAAGAGAUGUCUGAGCUCGAGUCCAUUGCCCAACCAGAGUCUGUGAAAGGAGAAAGAUACAUGGCCACAGUACCAACAUUCAAGAACUCUGACACUCCACCAUUGCCUUCUUGGAAUGCUGCGUAAAUUACCUGAUAGUUUCUCUGGCCAAACAGAUGGUUUUAAGAGUUUAAGGUGGCUCUGGUCAAAGGAUGGUUUAUGUAUAGUACAUAUUAUUUCUACUCAUCCUAUAUACUGUGACCACUCUCUGCAGAGUCUGCAGUGACUAAUAUAUAAGCAUGAUUUAGUCACCUAAUGCCAAUGAAUGAGUGAUCCCAUCAUAUUUGAACA